AUGCUCAGAUCAACUAAUUUAGGGUGCUUGAAGAGCCCAAAGUCUUACAGAGCUGUCCUCAAGGUUACUGUAGGUCCCGUAAAGCACCUCACUCCUGCUAGAAAAAUAAGUGGGAAUCCAACAGAAAGCUUCACCAGGUUGUCAGACGAGAAUGAUCCUCAAAGAGAUGCCUUUUUCAAAUAUUCAUGGGGUUCAUGGUUAACUAAUGAUAAGCAAGAAAAAGAGAAAAGAAUAACGAAAUUCUCUAUUGAGGGUUUGACAGAUGUGUUAAAUGACCUUCAUUCGCAAGCCAAGGAAUUAGCUAAAACGGCACAAAAGCAUCAAGUACUGCCACCUUCAUAUAACAGAAAUUUGACAGUUUCGUUGCCCCAUAAUUCUACAUUGGAACAUUUAGGUACAGUGAAUCCUAAUGAACGAGUCAAGAUCGUUAGUAUGGCAAGUAUUCACGAAGGAAAACAUCAUAGAAUUUAUAAAGUUGAUACCAACCUCGACAAAUCGUUUGUUCUGAGAAUACCGUAUUCAUUAGACAAUGAAAACUCAAUUUCUUACAGACUGAAGAGUGAAGUUGCUACAAUGGAUUUUGCCGAUUUGAAAUUGGGCAUCAAAGUUCCAAAAAUCUUUUGUUAUGGUGUCAACAAAUUGAACCCCGUAAGACAGCCCUUUAUGCUACAGGAGUACAUCGAUGGUGAUUUAUUGAUGAGAGAGUGGAGUCCUUUGGUCGAAAACGACACUAAUGGUAAACCGCAUGAAUCUUUACAAAAAGUCCUCGGUCAUUUAUCUGACUUUCAAAGCAAGUUAGCUUCUUUGGAAUUAAAUAAUUUUGGCUCCCUAUAUUUUGCUAAAGACAAUGAAAAGUCAACAGAUGCACCAUAUGAGGGAGAAACUAACCCUGAUUUGCAAGGAAGAUGGUCCAUUGGACCAACAACCGAAAGGUGUUUUUGGAGAAGGAAAUCCGCUUUGAAAUUUGAUGAAUUGCUGAAAUUUUUAGGUCCUUGGAGCAUUUCGUCUCCGUUGGAUAUUGUCAAAAAUAUCGGAUUAGUAGAGGCGGAGAAUGCAAAGGCAAGACUCGCGUUGAAACAAGCAGGUUCAUCUCCGGAAGCUGUCAAGGAAGAUUUGUUAAAAGAACAGACCACUUCUUUUGAAAACCUGGCUAAGCUUUCUCCUCAUAUGUUCGACAUUAACACGACUACUAUACCAAAUAUGAAAGAGCUCUUGAAGCCAAGAUUGAGACAUCCAGACAUUGAUCCUAUGAACGUCAUUAUAUCUAAAAACGAUGAUAAAACUCCAUACUUAUUGGACUUUGAAGGCACUUCCAUCAAGCCUUUCAUUCUGCAAAACUCUCCCCAAUUUGUGGCAUAUGACGGGCCAAAAGUGUAUAAUGUAAAGGAGGACGUCCCAGAUUAUGAAAAACUUUCUGAUGCCGACAAGGCACAAUACGAUUUCAUGUACAAACGUACACGUAAUCAACAUUUAUGGGAGGCGGCACUCAAUGAAAGAUUACCAAAACUGAUUUCAGCUGUCGCACCCCCUGUCAAGUUGUUGAGAAGCCCGUACAUUUCCUCAAUUGAAAGAAAAACAGAUGAAGAGUACUUACUGAUUGAUGAAGCGCUUCUUCAACUCAAAGAAGUUUGGGAUAUAUUCGCAAAAAAUGGCCUUGUCAAGAGUGCUAAAUUCCCUUUGGAAAUUUCCGAAGAACAAAUUGAGAAACAUACGAAGGAUUUGAAUGCAUUCCAUGAGAGAUUGAUCUCUACUCCAUUUGCAGCUACACGUGGUUGGGUUCCACAGGACAUGUUUGACAAUCUGGUAAAAGCAGGACUUCUCAUCAAGGACAAAAAUGGUGAUCACAUUAUCAGUACUGACAAGGCUACUUAA